AUGUCCCCCAAAACAUGCUCCAGUAGAAGCGAGACCCUCGAAAGGCAGGUCCUAUUAGCAAAUGGACAACCAGUGAACAUCCAGGGACUACCUGCGCUCCCCGACGAGAUCUACCUCGAAAUCGUCUCCCACCUCCCAGCGAUACCCAUUCCGACGACAUCCCAUGACAUUGCUCACCAGGGAGCAGCUCACCGCGAUCUGCACAUAACCCUGAUGUCGCUCUCGAUGACCUGCCGUUCGCUACGGCGCGUCUUUCUCCGUUAUCUCUGGCAACGGAUUGAGGUCGUAGACGGGAUGCAGACAGUCGCUGGGCCACUCAUAAUGUCGACUCCAAAAAAGCCUACGGUGAUAUCCAGAAUGUACGCCGAGGAGCUCGUGCGGCAACUCGAGAUCGUCACUGUCCGGGAACCAGAGCUGGCGAUGCACGUAAAUGUCGUAAAUGUGACAAUCCUCGAAUAUGCAGUAAAGACCAUUAUCCCUGAACUCGCGCGCUGUAUCGCCCUCUUCCCCAACCUGCACACCAUCCAGCUCAAUUUCAAAGUCAAAAAGAACCGCCUUUCCUUGCUCGAUGCGUUCAAAGAAUACACGUACCCGCAGAUACGACAUGCGUGUCUCUCUGAGUUGGCAGUGGCGGUUCUCCCCUUGUUGACGGAGAUAAGACGCCUAGAUGCGUACAUGAAUAUCCAAUGGAAUCUUCCCAUUGAGGAUGCACUCGGACACCCUGGCCUUGAGGUCCUUGCCUCAACGCCGUUUGACGAGACGGCCUUUACGCAUAUUCUCGAGAAGCUCCCAAACCUGCGAGAAAUACAACUCGACCGGACCCUCUUGAGACUCGGAUACGAUGAGAUCAAGAAGCUUUCCGAUCUAAAACACCUCCGCACAAUACGAAUUGUCAUUGACAUGAAGGCGUCAGUCCGGUAUUUCUACCACUUUCACGACAAUGCGCCGGCCAACCCCCUCACGUAUUCCCACCCAAGUCAGGAGGAGAUCAGGCAGUGGGUCGAGUGGACGAAGACUGCGCUCACGAACGUUAAGUCCUCCGACAACGUCGGGAAGAGGGUAGUUUUGGUAAGGGCCGAUGGGCACGAAGAGGUGCACAGGGUGGGUUUGAUUUAA